AUGACUUCGACGAUGGAAGAUUUCGAAGUAGCCCAUUCUGAAAUCUUUUGGUGCGAUUUGCUGCCCUAUAUGGGAAUCUGGACGCCAGAUACGGCAGCCGUUUUUGAAAAUUUCGAAAAUGCCAACUUUUUCGGGCGGUUCAAUACGUGGCACUCGGCCCAGGAGAUCGGAGAGGCAAUCGAAGCCACACCGUGGGUAGACCACUCUUUCUGCUUGUUCCUCGACAGCACCAUUUUCGUCUUUUCGGCAACUCGAGAGGAUCACUCCAGGCACAUGAAUCAAGUCCGGCGGAUGCUCGACGGCCUCUGGAUGGGCCACGAUCACUUCAGCUGUGUUUGCUUUGCGCCGACGAGCAUCCGUGCAGGCUUCACAAUUGACCCGCUUGGACGAGCUUUUAUCGUGACGGACGUGGGUGCUUUUAUUAGCUCUAAUGGCCUUGGGAAUACCCACGAGGAUAAUUAG